GGAAGAAGCGGGGCUUUGUGGGAAGGACCCGCGGUUUCGGCGGGUUCCGUUAAAAUGGCGCCCUUGUCGCCAGUCGUGCGCCCGGGGCCUUAGCCUAUUGGGGACACCGGGAGCCCGCAGGGCACGGGGCGGGUGGCGGGGCGCGGCGGGGCCUCCUGAGCGCGCCAGGGUCGGGGCGGGCGGGCUAGGGCCCGCGGCUCCACGGCCCCCCGGGGGUAGUCCCGGGCGAGGAUGGCGACCCCCGACCAGAAGUCGCCGAACGUCUUGCUGCAGAACCUGUGCUGCCGGAUCUUGGGCAAGAGCGAAGCUGAUGUAGCCCAACAGUUCCAGUAUGCUGUGCGAGUUAUUGGCAGCAACUUUGCCCCAACUGUUGAAAGAGAUGAAUUUCUAGUAGCUGAAAAAAUCAAGAAAGAACUUAUUCGACAAAGAAGAGAAGCAGAUGCUGCACUGUUUUCAGAACUCCACAGAAAACUUCAUUCACAGGGAGUUUUGAAAAAUAAAUGGUCAAUUCUCUACCUCUUGCUAAGCCUUAGUGAGGAUCCACGCAAGCAGCCAAACAAGGUUUGUAGCUACGCCGCUUUAUUUGCUCAAGCAUUACCAAGAGAUGCUCACUCGACUCCCUAUUACUACGCCAGGCCUCAGACUCUCCCGUUGAACUACCAGGACCGCAGCACCCAGUCAGCACAGAGCUCGGGCAGCAUGGGCAGCAGUGGCAUCAGCAGUAUAAGCAUGUAUGCUCUCAAUGGCCCGACCCCCACACCACAGUCUCUCCUUCCGGGACAGUCUCAUCCAACUCCAGGAGUAGGCGAUUGUCUUCGACAGCAGUUGGGGUCACGUCUUGCAUGGACUUUAACUGCAAACCAGCCUUCUUUACAAACCACUACCUCAAAAGGUAUUCCCGGUACUGUUUCUCGAAACAUCACAAGACCAAGGAGAGAAGGGGAUACAGGUGGUGCUGUGGAAGUUACUGAGGCAGCCCUUAUCAGAGACAUUUUGUACGUAUUCCAGGGCAUAGAUGGCAGAAACAUCAAGAUGGACAACACUGAGAACUGUUACAAAGUGGAGGGAAAGGCAAACCUAAAUAAGUCUUUGAGGGAUACUGCAGCCAGGCUUUCUGAGUUGGGAUGGUUACAUAAUAAAAUCAGAAAAUACACAGACCAGAGGAGCCUAGAUCGUUCAUUUGGACUUGUAGGUCAGAGCUUUUGUGCUGCCUUGCACCAAGAACUCAAAGAAUACUACCGAUUGCUCUCUGUUUUGCAUUCUCAGCUACAGUUAGAGGAUGACCAAGGUGUGAAUUUGGGCCUUGAGAGUAGCUUAACACUCAGACGCCUCUUGGUUUGGACAUACGAUCCCAAGAUAAGACUGAAGACCCUUGCAGCCCUAGUGGACCACUGCCAAGGAAGGAAGGGAGGUGAGCUUGCCUCAGCCGUCCAUGCCUACACAAAAACGGGAGACCCGUACAUGAGGUCCCUGGUGCAGCACAUUCUCAGCUUAGUGUCGCAUCCUGUCCUGAGCUUCCUUUACCGUUGGAUAUACGACGGGGAGCUCGAGGACACCUACCAUGAAUUUUUUGUCGCAUCAGAUCCAACAGUUAAAACAGAUCGACUGUGGCAUGACAAGUACACUUUAAGGAAAUCGAUGAUUCCUUCAUUUAUUACCAUGGAUCAAUCUAAGAAGGUCCUUUUGAUAGGAAAAUCAAUAAACUUCCUGCACCAGGUUUGUCACGACCAGACGCCCACUACAAAGAUGAUAGCUGUGACCAAGUCUGCAGAAUCACCCCAAGAUGCUGCAGAUUUAUUCACAGAUUUGGAAAAUGCAUUUCAGGGGAAAAUUGAUGCGGCUUAUUUUGAGACCAGCAAAUAUCUGUUGGACGUUUUCAAUAAAAAGUACAGCUUGCUGGACCACAUGCAGGCCAUGAGGCGGUACUUGCUGCUCGGUCAGGGAGAUUUCAUAAGGCACCUAAUGGAUUUGCUCAAACCAGAACUUGUCCGUCCAGCUACAACUUUGUAUCAACACAACUUGACUGGAAUUCUUGAAACCGCUGUCAGAGCCACCAAUGCCCAGUUUGACAGUCCUGAGAUCCUCAAAAGACUGGAUGUGAGGCUGCUGGAGGUGUCUCCAGGUGACACCGGGUGGGAUGUCUUCAGCCUGGAUUACCACGUCGAUGGACCGAUUGCAACUGUGUUUACUCGAGAAUGUAUGAGCCACUACCUAAGAGUAUUUAACUUCCUCUGGAGGGCUAAGCGGAUGGAAUACAUCCUUACUGACAUUCGAAAGGGACAUAUGUGCAAUGCGAAGCUCCUGAGAAAUAUGCCAGAGUUCUCUGGGGUGCUGCAUCACUGUCACAUUCUGGCAUCUGAGAUGGUCCAUUUCAUUCAUCAAAUGCAGUAUUACAUUACAUUCGAGGUGCUUGAAUGUUCUUGGGAUGAACUUUGGAACAAAGUGCAGCAGGCCCGAGACUUGGAUCACAUCAUUGCAGCGCACGAGGUAUUCUUGGAUACCAUCAUCUCCCGGUGUCUUCUGGAUGCUGACUCCAGGGCACUUUUAAACCAACUGAGAGCUGUGUUUGAUCAAAUCAUCGAACUUCAGAAUACUCAAGAUGCAAUAUACAGAGCUGCUCUAGAAGAAUUGCAGAGACGAUUACAGUUUGAAGAGAAAAAGAAGCAGCGUGAAAUUGAGGGCCAGUGGGGAGUGACAGCAGCAGAGGAAGAGGAGGAGAACAAGAGGAUCCAAGAAUUUCAAGAAUCUAUACCAAAAAUGUGUUCCCAGUUGCGAAUAUUGACGCACUUCUACCAGGGGAUUGUGCAGCAGUUUUUGGUGUUGCUGACGACUAGUCCUGAUGAAAGUCUCCGGUUUCUUAGCUUUCGGUUGGACUUUAAUGAGCAUUAUAAAGCCAGAGAGCCAAGACUUCGCGUGUCCCUGGGCACGAGAGGGCGGCGCAGUUCCCACACCUGAAGCGUUCCCUAGCUGCUCAGGGAGCUGCAAAUGCUAUAAAUUAUGUUAUCUGACAUAAACAUUCACAUUUAAAUUCUCAAGGCGACUGGCAUGCUGCGGGCAUCCACCAUUUCUGCCCACAAAUACUUCAGUGUUUCAAUGGCAUGGCGUCUGGUAGAAUCAAAGUCAUGUUUGUAUACAUUGGAGUUGAAAAUAUUUGUAAUAGCACUAAGUUAAAUAGGCUGGUUUGCACUAUUCACAUUUCUUUUUUAAAAUCUUCAUAUUUAAAAGAUAUCACACGUUGUUGAAGCUUCUUAAGCUCUCCAUGAUAUAAUUUAUAUAUGUCACUUUUCAAAAAAAUCAGUUAGAGAGAAUUAGGGCAAAGGAUAUUCAUCAAUUAAGAUGGUAAUGUCAUUGCUAUUUUUUUAACAUCCUCUUUAGAGGCAAUUUUUGUUAAUAUAAUCAGAUUAAAUCAAAACAAAAUGUCUCUACUAAGGAAAUAUAUAGAACAUUUUAUUUUGGUUUUUAGUGUUGUAAAAUAUUAACCUCUGUAAGAACCUUUAUAUCUUAGUGCAUUUACACAUGUUUAUUCUUCUUUUCUCUUCCUUCAAAGUUUACAUUUUUAUAUUUAAUUUACUCUUUCAGAUAAGUUAUAAAAUAGUGUAGAACAAAGUAGGAGUGAUGUGGAACAAAAACAUCCUUAAACCUAGAUUUUUUUAAACCAUCAGCUAAAGCAGUGUGUAAAUAUGGAUGACUAGAAAGUUAAUGAAGUAUUUUAUUUUCAAAAUUCUGAUAAGCAUUGGAAAAAAAUUGACUUGAAUAAUGAAGAUUUCCUUUUUCCUUGCCUAUUUUUUCAUUGUAAAUAUUUAUAUACUACUGACCAGGUGUUGGAAGGAAAUGUUUUUGUAAAAAUGUCAUAUCAAGUUACAUAAAUCUGCCUUUAUUAUGUUGCAUAAGUGAAGACUUAGAAAAUUAAAAGCAAUUAUCUUUCACAUGUAU